AUUGGGAGACGUGCGUUUUCUUCCAUUCUGCGCCUCUCAUUGGCUCUCUGACCUUGUGCGGAACGCGCCCUUUAGCUGACCUCAGCUGCCUUUUUUAGAAGAUGGAGAUUGUAUUCACAGUGACUGUCACUUUCUUAACGGCGGGAACUGACGUAGUAUUAAACGCUGUCUUGUAUCGCUGGCACAGCACAAGGACAGUAUAGGUGUUAUGUACUCACUUAUUUUGAGUCACAAACCCUUUGAAAACCUGGUGUUACUUCCAAGAUUUCUCUCCUGAUGCCCAUCUGUGGAUCCCAGAGUCUGGACAGUACUGCUUUUAAAGAGACAGCGUUAGGGAUCUUGGAAGCACAGCCAACAUGUGUGACAUUGAAGAAGCCACUAACCAACUCCUAGAUGUGAACCUUCAUGAGAACCAGAGCUCUGUACAAGUGACGGAAAGUGACCUCAGAAGUGAAUCUGAGCUUCUAGUCACUAUUGGAGCCACUGUACCUACUGGCUUUGAGCAAACAGCUGCAGAUGAAGUGAGAGAGAAACUUGGGUCAUCAUGCAAAAUCAGCAGAGACCGUGGCAAAAUAUAUUUUGUCAUUUCAGUGGAAAGUCUGGCACAGGUUCAUUGUCUUAGAUCAGUUGACAACUUAUUUGUGGUGGUUCAAGAAUUUCAAGAUUACCAAUUCAAACAAAUAAAGGAAGAAGUUCUAAAGGAUUUUGAAGACUUGGCUGGAAAACUCCCAUGGUCAAACCCCUUAAAAGUGUGGAAAAUUAAUGCCAGUUUUAAAAAGAAAAAAGCAAAGCGCAAAAAGAUAAAUCAGAAUUUAAGUAAAGAGAAGAUUAAUAAUGGACAAGAAGUCAAAAUCAAUCAGAGAAAUGUUAAAAAAGAGUUCACUAGCCAUGCUUUAGAUUCUCAUAUCUUAGAUUAUUAUGAAAAUCCAGCCAUCAAAGAGGACGUGUCAACAUUAGUAGGUGAUGAUUUGGCAUCUUCCAAAGAUGAGACUGAUGAAAGCUCAAAAGAAGAAACUGAGCCUCAAGUGCUAAAGUUUAGAGUCACAUGCAACAGGGCAGGAGAGAAACAUUGCUUUACCUCAAAUGAGGCUGCAAGAGAUUUUGGGGGUGCUGUUCAAGAUUAUUUUAAGUGGAAGGCUGAUAUGACCAACUUUGAUGUGGAGGUUCUUUUGAACAUCCAUGAUAACGAAGUCAUUGUGGGCAUUGCAUUGACUGAAGAGAGUCUCCACCGAAGAAAUAUAACACAUUUUGGACCUACAACUCUUAGAUCAACUCUUGCCUAUGGGAUGCUCAGGCUCUGUGAUCCUCUACCUUAUGAUAUAAUAGUUGAUCCGAUGUGUGGAACUGGGGCAAUACCAAUAGAGGGGGCUACUGAAUGGACUGACUGUUUCCAUAUUGCUGGUGAUAAUAAUCCACUGGCUGUGAAUAGAGCAGCAAAUAACAUUGCAUCUUUAUUGACCAAGAGCCAAAUUAAAGAAGGCAAACCAUCCUGGGGCUUGCCCAUAGAUGCUGUUCAGUGGGAUAUCUGUAAUCUGCCAUUGAGAACUGGUUCUGUGGAUAUUAUUGUAACAGAUUUGCCAUUUGGAAAAAGGAUGGGAUCCAAGAAGAGAAAUUGGAACCUUUAUCCAGCUUGCCUACGGGAGAUGAGCCGUGUCUGCACACCUACCACGGGCCGAGCUGUACUACUUACUCAAGACACAAAAUGCUUUACCAAGGCAUUAUCUGGAAUGCGACAUGUAUGGCGAAAGGUGGAUACGGUCUGGGUGAACGUUGGUGGCCUUCGUGCUGCAGUUUAUGUACUGAUACGUACACCUCAAGCUUUUGUUCAUCCUUCAGAACAAGAUGGAGAAAAAGGAACUCUUUGGUAAUACAAAGGAUGAAGAUGACUAAUAGUACUUGUACUUCCCACCACUGGAAAUGUUAGCAUAAAGAACUUGCAGAGAAAAAUAGUAUUAACAAAAGUGCAGUCUGCACUCUUUAAACCUGUUUAAGGCUCUUCAUCCUGGUUAGCAAAAGGUGUGAAUGUAAUGUGAUGGAAUUUAAAAGUUUUAUGAGACCAGGCACAGUGGCUCACGACUGUAAUUCCAGCAGUUUGGGAGGCUGAAGUGUGCAGAUCACCUGAGGUCCAGAGGCCAGCCUGGCCAACAUGGUGAAACCACGCCUCUUCUAGAAAUACAAAAAUUUGUCGGGUGUGGUGGUGGGCGCCUGUAAUCCCAGCUACUCAGGAGGCUGAGGCUAGAUAAUCACUUGAACCCGGGAGGUGGAGGUUGCGGUGAGCCGAGAUCACACCAUUGCACUCCAGCCUGUGCAACAAGAGUGAAACUCCGUCUCAAAAAAAAAAAAAAAAAAAAAAUUUUAUAAGAAAGAGCUUUUCCUUGAAGCUCUUGUGAAGUGGUAGCUUAAUUAGUAUUUUGUUGAAAAUACUUUCAAGAUGCCUAGUGAAAAGCCUACUAAAGUGCUCUGAGAUUGGAGUUUAGAACAUUUUAUUUUCAGGCUUUAUAGCCUAUUUUCCAUUGUGUCAAGUGCAAAGCUACUCUGGCCUAAAGGAAAGGCAGAGAACAUAAUUACAUCUUAGGCCACAUUUCAUUGUCUUUGCAGCUUUGCUAAUCCAGUCGUUCAAGUUCUUUACCUCAAUCUGAAGGAAUGAAGCAUUACAUUUUGUGAAUGGUGUUCAGCCUGUAAGACAAAAUCUCACAAGACCUAUAGGAAAGUUUACCAUCUGCCUUAAAUAUUAAAAUAUCCAUCUGUUACUCAGAUUAACACAUAGAACGAAAAUAGAGGUCUAGAAAUUAUCAAAAGGUACUGCAAAAAUACUGUUAGUAUAGAACAUUUCUAUUUGUAAAUAGCACAUACAUUGAUAGAUGGGGUAUGGGACCAACAAACCAAAUUAAAAGAAAUUGUUUUUCUUUCAGUA